AGCUUAAAUUUUGAGUCCAGGUUUGAAAGUGGAAAUCUGCUAAGUGCUAUCCGAGUUGAGGAAAAUACCUAUGACCUUGUCUUGCGGCCUGAUUUCUACACCUCAGGUCAUACUCAAUGGUAUUAUUUCGCGGUAGAACGACCGGAAAGGGAGAAAGAUCAUGAAGCAAAGCUCUUUACCUUCCGAAUCAUCAACAUGAACAAAGCAGAGUCGCUCUACAAACACGGCCUGCUACCCCUGGUCAACUCCUCGCUCCGUCAAAAGGGAUGGGAACGACGGGGAACGAACGUUCGGUACUAUGAAAACAACAAACGGCAAGGGAAGAAACGCGGCCACACGUUGAGCUUCUCACUCGAAAUACAAGCUGGCGAAAUCUGUUACAUCGCUCACUGUUACCCCUACACGUACAGUGACCUGCUCAAAGACCUUGACAGUUGGGAAGCUGACGCUUCAAGGCAAAAAUUCUUGAGGAGAAGAAAUCUUUGCGAGACGAUUGCAGGAAACCCUUGCGAGAUCCUCUCAAUCUCAGACACCAGCAAUCCUGCAACUAACAUGAACCGUCCAAUAGUCAUCAUGACCGCAAGAGUUCAUCCGGGAGAGAGCAACUCCAGCUGGAUCAUGCGAGGAAUCAUCGACUUCUUGACUGGAUCCUCAGAGGAAGCGCAAUGUCUCCGCGACAAGUUCGACUUUCGACUCGUCCCCAUGUUGAAUCCGGACGGCGUGAUCAAUGGAAACUAUCGAUGCAAUCUAGCAGGAAACGAUCUCAACAGACGGUACAAAAACCCGAGUCCUUAUCGACAUCCUACUGUGUUCUACUUCAAGCAGCUGAUUCGCACGCUUAUCAAGAACAACAGGUCUAUCUUUCUCUACUGCGAUUUGCAUGGCCACUCGAUAAAGAAUAAUGUGUUCGCCUACGGAUGCGACCAAAAGUAUCGAAGGUCAGCCGGAGAGAAAGAACGUUGCCUGGGGGUCCAGCACCCCAAGCUUGCACAGCUUUUUCCCUUCCUUCUCCACAAGCUGUCGGAGUCUUUCAGCUUCGUCGAUUCUCAUUUUCAAGUUCAAAGAUCCAAGGACUCGACAUCUCGCGUCGUUGUUUGGAAAGAGUUUGGAGUCGAUCUUAGUUACACAGUAGAAGCUUCCUUCGCCGGUGCCAACGCU